GACCAACUCAUCGAAAGAACUGGACAGAUGCUGAGCCUACCAUUGGCAGAGCGCAGGGACAUAAACAGCCUGCAGAAUUGGGUGGAUUCUACCGGCUGUCUAGCCAGGGACGAGACCAAGUAUCUUGCUCAUGGACAUGAACUAGUCUCUCUAGGCCUCACGGCAGACAAUGCGGUCUUACACCUCAAAACAUGGGUAGAGGACAAAUUGAUUCGAUACUGGCGUUGGUUCCGAAUAAACCACGGUCACGAUCUCUCUAUUGAUCUAGACAUAUUUGUAUACAAAGGCCCACUGAUCCGGCUGACCGCGAAGGCGCUGCUAUACUUCCUAAUCACCCUUCUCUUGACAGUGCCGAUUAUCAUGUGCAACCUCAUUACCACCAUGUCCACGCGAAUGAUUAUCGUCAUGUUUUUUAUUAUUUCAUACCUCCUUGUACUCUCUGGAUUGACGAAGUCCAGGAUUUACUUUAUUAUCGUCGUGCUGCAGGCCCCUUUCACACUCGACUGUUUGCCCCACAUCAAUUAACCUAGUGUCAUCUUUUAUCUUCGAAGUUCAUCAAAGACCAAGGCCGCUUAUAGAUCUCUUAAACACCAAUCUUGAUCGAGUUCCCUUUAUUACUUUAUACAAACGUAGCGCCGCUGAUCACUACUAUCUCUCGAACUUUUGACCGAUAUCCUUGGGUGGCUUCGUAUGCCCUUCUUUGUCCAUGAUAUCGAGGCGGAGAUGGGUAGCGCUCGGCUCGUUAGGGGUUUAUGAAACAAGUGAAAGCGAAAGGGGCCACGGAGAUUAUAGGAUACGACUACCUCUAACGCCACCAACCACAUCACCAUUCACACAGUCGUAAUGGUAUAGGUCUUUUUGCCGACAGGUUUAUGGUAGUAUGAAUAAUCACUGCGCUUUCUCAUAUACGGUACCGUAGAAAUAUGACGCCUGGACUUAGACUUACAGCAGUUCAAACAAUCAUGAGAAGUC